AUGGCGGACGCGAUCGAGAUGGCGUUUCCAUCGGUCAUGGUCAGAGGGAACGAGAAAGAAGAAGAAGAAAAAAACCAAGAGGAGGAAUAUUUUCGAGUGGAGUUUCGAGAUCGAACAGUAUUCGAGACGAGAGGAGGAGGAGGAUCUACACUCCCGAUUAAAAUGGAAGAGAUCGUGGAGAUGUUGGAAGAGCGCGUCGCGGAAGCGGAGAAGGAGAUGUUUGGUGGUGGGGAUGAUGGAAGCGGCGGAGGGUGCGGGUAA